AUGCCAAGGUCUCUGAUUGAUAAUGAUAAGGAAGCAAAUUUAUCAGAAGGAAUCGAUCGUUUUAUCACUUUCAAUCGUUACACAAUAUUUUUAUGCUUAACCUAUGAGCUUGUUAUAUUAUCACAGGUUGGCAAUGUUAUCUAUAUGUUAUUCGCUGCAGCAUCUCCCGAUAUUAUCGGAUGUGGUAUGACAAUUUUUAAUAAAAGUUUGGGACAGCGCGAAGCAUGUGAACAAUACGAAACUAUAAUAAAAUUUGGAAAUCAUUCUUGUCAACCGAUUCUUAAGUAUCAAUUUCGAUCUGUUGGUGUUGAAUGGGGAUAUUUCUGCAGUGAAACAGUAAAAGUGAAAAAUUUGGUAUCAUUUCAAAUGUUUGGUAAUAUACUUGGUGGUAUUUUAUUUGGACAAAUUUCCGAUUUGUUCGGACGUCGAAAAGUAUGA